AUGUCAGUCCAACCCAAGACGUUUCUCACGGUCGGUUUCGAGGCUCUCCCGGUGGAACAACCGAUAGAAGAAGAAAAUCUACCCAACUACAAGGCCGCGCGGUACUAUCCUGCUCAUAUCGGCCAAGUCCUGCAACACAGGUAUCAGAUUGUCGGCAAAGUAGGAUAUGGUGGAGGAUCAACCGUCUGGGCAUGCCGCGAUCUCGACCCAGCGAUAUGUACCACGGGCAAACGUGGCACUCAAGACGCUCUGCAGGAGGUGGCUAUUUCCCAUCAUAUCAAAUCCAUCGACGCGCCACACCACCCCGGCAAACAGCGACUCCGUUUAGUGCUGGACAACUUCGUGAUUGAGGGCUUGAACGGGAGCUGCCAUCAAUGUCUCGUUUUUGCCCCGCUCGGUCUUCCUUUGACUCAGUUUAGACACGGAUUACGAUUUACCCUACUUUGGCUCAUCACGGGUUUAGAUUUCCUCCACCAAGCUGGCGUGGUCCACACUGACCUGUCCCCGAAUAACAUACUUGUCAGCUUCAAUCCUGGCGAGGAGCGUGCAUUCAGUCAAAUCGAAGACCUCGAGCUGACAACUCCGACGCCUCGCAAGGUACUGCCGGACCGCUGCAUCUACCUUUCCUACAAGCUUGGCAUCACCCAUGGACCAGCGGUCAUUACUGACUUUGGUGCUGCUCGCCUCGGAAACCCAGAGAAGGACGAAAAGCAUACGGGGGAUGUUAUGCCAGGCCCCUAUCGAGCACCAGAGGUCAUCAUGGGUGCCGAGUGGGAUUCCAAAAUUGACAUGUGGUCUCUCGGAGUCAUGGUAUGGGAUCUCUUCGAGGGCGGUCCUCUAUUCCGCGCCACGAACGCCAACAACCUAGAUGACGAACUUCAUCUCGCAGAGAUGGUUUCGUUGUUAGGCCCGCCGCCCAAGAUAUUUCUCGAGAGGCAUGAAAAGUCCCGGCAGUGCUGGGACCUUGAAGGAAAUUGGAUUGCCUCAACCCCCAUUCCAAGCCAGUCUCUUGAGAGCCGUGAGACGAAAUUGGAUGGUCAAGAAAAGCAGCAGCUCUUGGCUUUCCUGCGAAAGGUCUUGUGUUGGCUGCCCGAAGAUCGCAGUUCGGCUUGCCAACUGUACGAUGACCGGUUUCUGAAAGGCUGA